AUGAGUCUUGUUUCUGUUCCAAAAAACUUGAAAACUCACAUUUUUAAUUUAAUUGAAUAGAACAAGACUUAAGAAUUAAUAUAAUUCAUUGAGAAUCAUCGAGAUUACAUUCAAAAUCUUGUGGCUCCAAAUUAUUGGACUCUUGGAAUGUAUGCGGUCAGAUAUAGUAAUCAUGAUCUAAUGAAAUAUUUACAUAAAAAGGAUCUAUUGAUUGAACAUCCAUUAUCUCAAUAUACUUUACUGUCAAAUGCCUUUUAAAACAACGAUCUUGAGAGUUUUAAAUUAUUAUGCGACGAAUUGGGAAAAGACAUCAACAAACCUGUGCAUCAGUUCUAAGAAUAAACAUUUUUACAAUAUGCCAUCAAAUACAAUUUUAAUGACUUGAUCGAAAUACUAUGCUCCAGAGGAGCUUACUUCAUAAUUGAAAGGACAUCCUCAUCUCUAUUUGAUUGCUAUGCCAACAAUCUCAAAGUGGAACACGAUCACUCAGGCGUUAGAUUUAGGAGCUACAACGACAACAAAGAAGUAGCCCAGAACUCUAUCAUCCAAUUGAAAAGAGACAAACUUACUCCUACUCAUUAUUUUAGAUUCAAAAAUAUCUUAUUACUAUAAUAUCUAUUGUAGAUUAAAUACUUGUAAGCUCCUGAAGGAUACGGAGACUUUUUGUUGAACUUUAAUAGAAUAUUGGAGUACACAGCUCCCAGCAAUAUAUUAGAUUGA